AUUACGCAAUGGAGGGAUUACGCACGUGAGCACUUACACCGGCCGACGCUAAUCAGCAGUGCGAGAUGCAACGAGGCCAACAAGUCAUCAAAAUAAACAGACAGAAGCAACAUACAAAAAAAAAUCCACCAGUAUGUCCAUCAAAAGGCGCAGUUAGCACUUGCCCCAUUCAAUUGCAGCUGGGUGUCAGUAUGAUCCACAUUCAAACACACAAACAAACAAACACACACACACACACACUUGGGCUGCCGAGCAAACAGUGCAUGAUUAGGCAUACACUUUCCCGCGCCCGAGACGGGCAUGCCAAGCAGCUCAUAACGAGUUCUAAUCGGAUGUCGGAGUUGAUCACUUGACACGGGUUGGUUUGUAACGACCGGGCGGCAUCGCACCGGCAUCACGAAACUAGCUUUCAUUAGUGGGAAGUUGCACCUCGUCCGGACCCAAACCGUUGGCUUCCACCAUACGCUGGCCACUAAUGGCACUGCUGAUUAUCGUUCAAUUUGCACCAUUUAGUAGCGUCGCGAGUAAAGCGAACGGUUUUGGGAGUUUGAUUACAGCGUUCGGUACGAUCGUGCUCCGUUCGCCGGCACGAUGAAGCGCACUUUCGACUACCAUCCGCCAACGAUUUGCUACGACAAGCCGGCGAUGGCCGUCGUCUCCAAAGACGAGUACGAAUCCCGUCGGAUUCGGGCGCUGGCCGGCACCCGCGUGCUGGAGCUGAUCGUGCCGAAGCGAUCGGCCCGCACGUGGACGAUGCAGGCCGGCGACGUGUGCCGCGUGUCCCUUCCGGAAGGGUCGCAGGUCGGCGAUUUGAAUCUGUGGAACCUGGAGCACCCCCGGCAGGAACGGUUCUUUUCGGGCAAAACGCGCCAGAUCCAUUCGACGCACCUGAAAACGUACGAUCGGCUGUGGAGCUGCUUUCCGUACCUGCGGCCGAUGGCCACGUUUGUGCGGGAUUCGCUCGCAGACUACGGCAUCGAUCGGGAUGGCGGAUCGCUGCACGAUGUGGUCGGGACGAGGUGUGACGACUACAUCUACAAGCUUAUUACGGGGCAGGAUCGGUUCGGCAGCUGCCACAGCUACCUGACCGAGGCCGUGAAGGAGCACGGUUUGGGCGAGGAGGAUGUGCACGACACGUGGAACAUUUUCAUGUGCACCGGGUUUACGCGGGACACUCAGCAGUACUUUUGUAAGCCAAGUCCCGCCCGGAAAGGUGACUGCAUUGAGUUUUUGGCGGAAAUGAAUCUGCUCGUUGCGCUCAGCGCUUGCCCGCAGGGAGAUGUUUCGAUACAGGUCGGCCAGAAAGUGCCGGACGAAAAGUGUUUCCCAUUGCUGGUGGAGGUUUUCCGAGCGAAUUGAUGCGCUGUGCGAUAGAAUCAAGACCAUUAUACAUUAAUACAGCUCUUUAUGAAAUUAAAUGUUUGCAACGCUUUUAAUCAGCUUUGUUUGGAUGUUAAACUGUUGGUUGGUCUCUUGAUCGUUUACGUGCGUGUGAAAAUGUGCUCAAAUUCUGCUCAGUAACGCCAAUUUUAAAUUCGAAAACGAUACCCUGAACGUACGCAGCCAGAUAUAUCCGCAGGCCUAAAACUCGGCAACGCUCCAAAUCGGUGCGAAUUUCCCUCACUGGCGAUGCUUUUUGUAAGUCGUUGUAACGGGUUUUGACAUUUCGAGCGACGAUUUUUGAAGGUGCGCUGGAGUGCGAUUGUGUUGGUGCGCAAAAUUAACAGCAAAAUUAAUCGAAACGAGCACUGCUGGCAAGUAAAGCAAGGGUAGAGAAAAUGAGCGAGAUGCAGCGAAAUUCGAACGUCAAAAACCCUCACCAUGUUGUACGGGUGUUUGAACAAUGGUAGUCAAUCGAGUUUUUAAAAAUAAUAAUU